UGAGCCAGUCUGGUGCUUUGCGUCACCUCCUAGAAUCGUGCAGGCUUAUAAAGAGGAGCCCGCUCGAGGAGCUCUAGGAAACUAGAUUUUUAUUCUCUUCUAAGUCGGAAAACAGAAAAUCACAGCCAAGAUGAGACUGUACCUUGCAGUGGCCGUGCUGAUGCUGGCUUUUGUCGCAUACACAGAGGCUCAGGAGGAGACCAUUGAGGAUAAAUUUACCAAGUUCGGCGAGCAGAUAAGUGAAAUGAGCAAGAACCUGGCUGAGAAAGCCAAGACAACGUUCCAAGACAUUCACAACAGCGACUUUGCUGAGAGCACCAGGAAUUGGUUCACCGAACAGUUUGAGAAGAUUAAAACCAAGCUCGGGGAACAGUCCUAACCUGCUUCCUGCACACACCAGACAGCACCCUUUCUACCCAUUCUGCCUGCUGACCUCCAUUCUCUGACUGACCAUCAUGUUGAGGGAGGGGGAUGUCAAAACGGUUACAAUUGCUUAAUGUAAAGAGUUAAUAGACUGCACUCUUUUGGGGGCGAAAUGUGAAAAAGUGCAAUAAAAAAAGUCUAAAACAAAGUAUUUUUUUUGAUAAAAAUUCUCUGUUACCAUCUGUUUUUCCUCAAUGCAAAAUAAAACGAGAAUUUCUGUACAAAA